AUAUGACUAGUGAACUAAAGCAAAACUACACAUUUCAGUUUUCAGAUAAACAGCUUUCUUAAUGGCUGCAGGCGACGAGCAUAGAAAUUCAGCAAGUAGUCAUCGGAGUUCAUUGUCGGGUAGUUUUCGAGAAAUGUGGCAACCUCAGCCCGAUGUUUUUAGCCAGAGUAGUCGUAGGAUGGAUGAUGAAGAAGAGCUGAGGUGGGCUGCUAUUGAGAGGCUACCCACACUUGAAAGGCUAACAAAAGGGGUCAUGAAACAAGUUCCUGACGAUGGAAAAGUUGUUUCCAGAGAAAUAGAUGUUACUAGGAUUCAAUAUAGUGCUCGAAAACAUUUGAUGAAUAGUAUUCUUAAAGUUGUUGAAGAGGAUAAUGAGAAGUUUCUUAGGAGAUUAAGGCAAAGGAUGGACAGGGUUGGAUUAGAAACACCGAAAAUUGAAGUGCAGUUUGAUAAUCUAUCGGUGGAGGGAGAGGUGCAUAUUGGUAGCAGAGCUCUUCCUACUUUGCUCAACUCUACUUUGAAUGCAAUUGAGAGCGUUCUUGGACUGAUCGGACUUGGCGCAACUAAGAAGCAAAUAAUCAAUAUUCUUCGAGAUGUUAGCGGAAAAGUGAAGCCCUCGAGGAUGACCUUGGUUUUAGGCCCACCUGGAGCUGGUAAAACUACACUUUUGCUGGCACUUGCAGGGAAGCUUGACUCUGAGCUAUGUGUAUCAGGAACAGUUACCUACUGUGGCCAUGAACUAAACGAAUUUGUGCCUCAGAGGACAUGUGCAUAUAUUGGACAGACUGAUCUUCAUCAUGGAGAGAUGACGGUAAGAGAGACACUGGAUUUUUCUGGACGGUGUUUGGGUGUUGGAACAAGAUAUGAACUCCUUUCAGAACUCUCAAGGCGAGAAAAACAAGCAAAUAUUAAACCUGAACCUGAAGUAGAUACAUUUAUGAAGGCCACAGCAGUUGCGGGGCAAAGUACCAGUUUAGUUACAGAUUAUGUUUUGAAGAUCCUUGGUUUAGAUAUUUGUGCGGAUAUUAUGGUUGGUGAUGUCAUGAGGAGGGGAAUUUCCGGCGGCCAAAAAAAACGUGCAACUACUGGAGAAAUGUUAGUUGGGCCAGCAAAAGCUUUUUAUAUGGAUGAAAUAUCCUCAGGAUUAGAUAGUUCUACCACAUAUCAGAUUGUCAAAUUCUUGAGGCAGCUGGUUCACAUAAUGGAUGUUACCAUGGUUAUUUCUCUUCUACAGCCUGCCCCGGAGACCUACAAUCUUUUUGAUGACGUCAUAUUGCUCUCAGAAGGUCGAAUUCUUUAUCAAGGUCCGCGUGAAAAUGUUCUUGAAUUCUUUGAAUUCAUGGGCUUUAGGUGCCCAGAGAGGAAAGGAGUUGCAGAUUUUCUCCAAGAAGUGACUUCUAGAAAAGAUCAAGAACAAUAUUGGUUCAGAAAGGAUCAACCUUUCAGAUAUAUAUCAAGCUCUGAGUUUGCGGAGGCAUUCUAUAAAUUUCACAUAGGUGAACAACUUGCAUCAGAUCUUAGUGUGCCUUAUAUUAAGUCCAAGAACCACCCGGCUGCAUUGGCUACCAAAAAAUACGGGAUCUCCAAUAUGGAACUGUUUAAGGCUUGCUUCGCAAGGGAGUGGUUGUUGAUGAAGCGUAAUUCUUUUAUACAAAUAUUCAAGAUCACACAGAUCACAAUAACGGCUUUAAUAGCCAUGACCGUGUUUUUCAGGACAGAGAUGCCAUCAGGAACUUUGGCAGACGGUGGAAAAUAUUUUGCUGCACUUUUUUUUAGUCUUGUGAUUGUGAUGUUUAAUGGGAUGGUAGAGCUUGCCAUGACUGUUAUGAGGCUGCCCGUCUUCUUUAAACAAAGGGAUUUCUUGUUUUAUCCAGCUUGGGCUUUUGCUUUACCUAUUUGGAUCCUCACGAUCCCAAUAUCUCUCAUGGAGUCGGCGAUAUGGAUAAUUCUGACCUACUACACCAUUGGAUUUGCUCCUGGUGCCAGCAGGUUGUUCAUGCAAUUUUUGGCUUUCUUUGGUAUACAUCAGAUGGCUCUCUCCCUCUUUCGGUUCAUUGCUGUAGUUGGAAGAACAGAAAUUGUAGCUAAUACAUUGGGUUCCUUCGCCUUAUUUUUGGUUUUUGUACUUGGAGGAUUCAUAGUUUCCAAAAAUGACCUUAAACCUUGGAUGAAAUGGGGAUAUUAUGCUUCUCCGAUGAUGUAUGGUCAGAACGCUAUUGUAAUGAAUGAGUUUCUUGACAAAAGAUGGAGUGCUCCAAAUAUAUAUCCCAAAAUCAACGAGCCAACUGUAGGCAAAGUACUUCUUAAGUCCAGAGGUUUCUUUACUGAAGAAUAUUGGUUUUGGAUCUGUAUUGGAGCACUAUUUGGAUUUUCCCUUCUCUUCAAUGUUUUAUUCAUUGCAACACUUACUUUUUUGAACCCAUUUUCGGGUGAUUCAAAAGCUGUAGUCGAGGUUGAGCAUGGUAAGAAAAUGUGCUCAACAGAAAAAUCUGUUGAGAAAUCAAGAAGAGGAAUGAUUUUGGCGUAUAAACCACUUUCACUUGCUUUCAGCCAUGUCAACUACUACGUGGACAUGCCUGCUGAAAUGAAGAUUCAAGGGGUUAAUGACGAACGCCUCCAACUGCUGCAAGACAUUAGUGGUUCUUUUAGACCAGGGGUACUGACAGCACUAGUAGGUGUUAGUGGUGCAGGAAAGACAACCUUGAUGGAUGUGCUAGCUGGGAGAAAAACUGGAGGAUACAUUGAAGGGAGUAUCUACAUCUCUGGUUACCCAAAGAACCAAGAAACAUUUACUCGAGUUUGCGGCUACUGUGAACAAAACGAUAUUCAUUCACCAAAUGUCACUGUUUAUGAAUCACUUUUAUAUUCUGCCUGGCUCCGUCUUUCUUCGGAUGUGACAACAGAAACUAGGAAGGCAUUUGUUGAAGAAAUAAUGGACUUGGUUGAGCUUGAUCCAAUUAGACAUGCCAUUGUCGGGCUUCCAGGUGUAGGUGGUCUUUCAACAGAACAAAGGAAGAGGCUAACAAUAGCUGUAGAGUUGGUUGCUAAUCCAUCUAUAAUCUUCAUGGAUGAACCCACAUCAGGACUUGAUGCUAGAGCUGCUGCCAUUGUUAUGCGUACCGUGAGAAAUACUGUGGACACAGGGAGAACCGUAGUUUGCACAAUUCACCAACCAGGCAUCGAUAUAUUUGAAUCUUUUGACGAGUUGCUUUUGAUGAAAACAGGAGGGCAAGUCAUUUAUGCAGGGCCUCUAGGUGUCCAAUCUCAGAACCUAAUAGAAUACUUUGAGGCUGUCUCUGGCGUUCCUAAAAUUGAGAAAGGGUACAAUCCUGCUACAUGGAUGUUGGAGGUAACAGCUGAUUCAGUUGAGGCCCAACUGGACAUUGAUUUUGCUGAGAUCUACGCAAACUCGUCGCUAUAUCAGACAAAUCAAAAAAAUAUUGAAGAACUCAGCAAGCCGCCACCUGGCUCACAGGAUCUAUCUUUCCCAACAAAGUACUCCCAACCAUUUAUUACCCAAUGCAGAGCGUGUUUCUGGAAACAGCAUUGGUCUUACUGGAGGAACCCACAAUAUAAUACUAUUCGGUUAUUCUUGACAGUAUUCAUUGGUCUUGCAUCUGGUGUUGUUUUCUGGGAUCUGGGUACCAAAAUAGAAAAACUGCAAGAUCUGCUGAAUAUUAGGGGCGCCAUGUUUGCAGCAGUUUGUUUCGUUGGAGGCACAAAUGCCUCUGCAGUACAGGCUGUUGUUGCUAUAGAACGAACAGUUUUCUAUCGUGAAAGGGCAGCUGGAAUGUAUUCUGCAUUGCCUUACGCAUUUGCUCAGGUGGCUGUAGAAACAAUUUACGUUGCAAUUCAAACAGGCACUUACACACUAAUUCUAUACUCGAUGAUUGGAUUCGAAUGGACAGCAACCAAAUUCCUUUUGUUCUAUUACUUCAUAUUCAUGUCCUUUCUUUACUUCACCAUGUACGGCAUGAUGGUUGUUGCCUUAACUCCUAGCCGCCAAAUUGCUGCAGUUGUCAUGUCUUUCUUCCUAUCCUUUUGGAACUUAUUCUCUGGUUUCCUCAUCCCUAGACCGCAAAUUCCAGUAUGGUGGAGAUGGUACUAUUGGGCAUCCCCUGUGUCUUGGACAAACUACGGGCUCGUGGUGUCUCAAGUGGGCGAUAAAGACUCAGCUCUUGAGGUGCCUGGAGCUACUAACGUGACAGUAAGGUCUUAUCUUAAAGAAAACUUGGGCUACGACUAUGAUUUCCUUCCUAUAGUUGUCAUAGCACAUAUUGGUUGGGCUCUUCUGUUUUCGUUUGUGUUUGCUUAUGGCAUUAAGUUCCUCAACUACCAAAGAAGAUGACCAUCUUUCCUGCUAGUCUUGGAUUCUAUGAAUUGCGAUGGGACACGUUUUUGCUGUCUGUCUAUGACAAAGGAAGACCACAAUUCCAGGUUUUUCACGGACACAGUAGAGUUUAAAUUUUAUUAUUCAGAUAGUUAAAACAACCACCCGCCCCUGAUAGUUAACGCUUGGCAGUGGACCCUCAACCUCAAGUAACUAAACACAUCAACUAAAAUAAAAAAAUUGAAAAAUAGGCAAGAGUAAUAUGUACAUUUUUUAUAAGAAUUGAGUUUUAUUUGCUAAAUUAGUUUAUAAGUCUUUCUGGUUUAUUAUCGGUAAUUUGAGAUAUUUGAUGCCUAAACUUGUCAGAUUUUAUCAUCUGAAUGUGUAAACUUACAAAAACAUCAAUUAAUUAUU